UCAGGGCAGGGAGACAAAAAACAAACUUUGCAGAGAGCCCAACUCGGGCAGCCCAGCCUGGCGUUUGGGGGCAGUGGAGAAAGUCACAAAAAGAGGCUAUCUUUAGCUCUUGUCAGAAUCAAAGAUGACACUUUGCGCGCCACCUUGAAAGACACAAAGGAGGGAAGCAUGUUUGUUAGGGUGUCAGUUUUCUCCCCUUGCCUCUUGAAACUCGGUGCGUUGGCUGGUUGCCCAAUGUGGUGCUGCAUACAAAUAUUGACAGAACACAGCGGUGUUUGUUAAACCCCGGGCUGGGGAAGCCGGUGAUUAAAACUCUUGAAGGAAGAUCCAAGAACCCCCGGGAACGCUCAUCAAUAGCCUUAGAACAUUGACCGAAUGAAAGAGAAAGCACUGAGUGGGCUAACGUGAAACACUCACCGUCCCUGUCUGCUAUGCCUUUUCGUGACCCUGGAAACAGAAGGGGAAUUCUUAUAAAUCACAAAGGAAAAUAAAUAACUUUACCCAUGGAGGGAAAGAGACAGCUUGAGAAAAGGGACUUUGGAAAAAGGUUGUCUCUAGACAGCAGUCUUGUGGAAUACAUGGACUCCAAUAAAUACAUUGAGCAUCUUCUAACUCAGCUCGAGGAACAACACAGAAAUCUAUGGAGGGAGAAAUUGGCUGUGGCCCGGCUGCAGCGAGAAGUUGCCCAAAGAGGAAGUGAGGGGGCCAUGCAUGAGAAGCUGAUGCAUGAAUUGGAAGAGGAGAGACACUUACGUCUUCAGAGUGAGAAGCGGUUGCAGGAGGUGACACUGGAGUCUGAGCGCAACAGAAUUCAGAUGCGUGGCCUCCAGCAGCAGUUCUCCAGGAUGGAAGAAACAGUACGAAAUCUACUGAAGAGUCAAGGGCCUCCAGAGCAAAAAAAAGAAGAAACUGUUAAUAUAAUGGUCUAUCAGGAAAAGCUGGCAGAGGAUUAUGGGUAUACCCUGGUGAGAGGCAGCAGGGGAUUAUGGAUGAUGAAAACUGGGCAGCAUCCUUACUGUGUAGCCAAAGUUAUGGCCAGUAAUGCGUCAGAGUUAGCGUCUGUGGUGAUGGAGAGAAUCUAUAAAGUGGUCAUCUGGUAUCUUGGAGACAAGGGCUACAAAAGGGGUUGGAUAAUCUCCAUGUGUGGGCAGUCAGGAGCAUAA